UGUGGGCAACGAUUCAGGCGGGCGGUGAGGACGGGCAGCCGGCGCCAUGACGGACCGCUACAACAUUCACAGCCAGCUGGAACACCUGCAGUCCAAGUACAUCGGCACGGGCCACGCCGACACCACCAAGUGGGAGUGGUUGGUUAACCAGCACCGCGACUCGUACGCCUCCUACAUGGGCCAUUUCGACCUGCUCAACUACUUCGCCGUGGCCGAGAACGAGACCAAGGCCCGAGUCCGCUUCAAUCUCAUGGAGAAGAUGUUGCAGCCGUGUGGGCCGCCACCCGACAAGCCCGAGGAGGCCUGAGGAGCCUCCGACCCUGGGCGAGGGCAAGGAGAGGCCGAGGGGGUGAGGGAAGGAAGAGGUGGUUGAGGGAGGAGCUUGAGCCGGGGAAAGGGGGUCUCAGAUUUGGGAAGGGGCAGCCUCUGGCUCACUCCCACCCCCCACCCCCUGCAUCUCCUCUCAGCCCCACUCCACCUACCUUCCUGCCUAUCUUCACAUACCUUCCUCCUUCCUCCUCUGUUCCAGCCCCUCCUCAAACUCCCUCCAUCCUCCCCUCCCUCCUUCCCAUCCUCACACUUCUCUUCCCUCCUUCUCUUACCUCUAUCCUCCCCAUCUCCUCUCCCAGCCUUUUUCCACCCUCCAUCCUUUCUCACCCAGUUCCUCUCCACCCAGCCCCUCACCAUCGUCCCUCCUUCAAACCUGAGACUCUUCAGCAGAUGCGCCCUCAAGACCCUGCAGCUCAGUCACAAGUCCCUGGCCCAUUUCCAUCUGGACUCAUGAAACUACUUCUCUCCCCCCCCCCCCCCGGGGAGUUGCCGCUCUUUUUCUUCCCACGGCUGCUGAGGGGUUCCACGCUUGCCCACCCUGCCUCUAUUUUGGGUUCGUCCUUGCUUGGCAUUUCAGUCCAUGGUGGUAACUGCAAUCAAAUUGUUUUAGCCAUCACCAUUUUCCAAGGUUAUCUGUUGCUUGCUGCCAUAGCCCAGGGUGCAACAACUGGUAGUGGUCGACCUGCCGUGAUCUAAUAUCCUGCCAAACGCACCGCGACCCCUCAGGUGAGGAGUCUGCUGAACUCGCCCUGCGCUGCAUCAUUGCUGCAAAGACUUCUGCUUGACAUGACGUGCUCUUUUUGCAGAGUUGGAAACACCAGACUUUGACUCGUUAUUUCUCACAAACACCAGCAACCAUUGAGGCGAUACCUGAUAUUGUCCAAAUGUAGGAGCGGCUCUCUCACAAGAGUUGUCCUUUGGCUGACUUUCUGAAGGAUAAAAAGCGUCCCUUUUCAAACUUGUAGCUUUCAAGUCGUCCAGUGAACUGGAAUCACUGUUGGUGCUUCAGCAAGAUGAGACCACAACUGCAGUAACUGACAGGAAGCCUCGUGUCCCCACUGCACCUAAUAUCACUAUGUGGACCCCACAAUGAGAAGCUUUGGUCUUCAGGGAUAACCUCUUUGAACAGGAAGAGGUUUGCAUUUGGAUUAUUCAUCAGUAUCUACUGGUCGAUUCUAGUGUGUUGAGGAGGCCUGGGAGAAAAUUCUCAGUGAAUAAAACAGGGGUAACAGUCUCUGUCUCCACGGAUGUCGCCUGACCCGCUGAGCUCACCCAGUGACUUGGUUUCUGCUCACCAUCAGCCAGUGAUUUGCCCUGUUAGUAGAGUGCGGCUGCCAAACUCUGCCGAGGAGCUGGGGGAGAUUUUAUUUCACCAAGUGACCUCGGCCAAAGUCCCUUCACCUCGACCCGGCUUGCUGAGUCCCAACAGGAUGCGGAACAAAGAUGGCGUUCGUGGCAUGCCACAUGAAUUAACCAAUAUUUGCUUAACAAAUGAUUAACAUCAUGAUUGGAAAAUUCAUUAUUAUUUCUGUUUAAGGGAUUCUAAGUUCAUAUUGACUUCUACGUUUACCACAGUGAGUACAUCUGGAAAGGAACCUGAUUUUGAUGUAGUAAGGCGAGCUAUUUAAAUAUAGUACUACUUUUUCCCAAACAAAGGAAUGCAUGUGGCGUAGAGUAACAGACUUUGGGAUGGAACCCAAACCACUGAGUGAUUCUCAGACCUCGAGCGUCCACCAGUCCACCUGCAAAGAGGGGUUGUGUUUUGACGGAGAUUCGCACUGGAUGACUGGCUGGCUUUGGAACCGCAACAGCCCUGCCUGUGAUGGUGAGGAGCCCCUCCCAUUCCAUUGCAUUGGCUCAGAAGGUGGCCAUUCUGCCCACUGAGUUGAUGCUGGCCUAUCGUUCAGCAGUGGGGGAUUUCAGGCCUGACUGUGUGCCAAGUGGCUGGACUGCUACCGAUAAUAUCGCCAUGUGGACCCCUCAGUAAGAAGCUGUAGUCUUUGGAGAUAAACUCUUCAUGCAGGAGGAGGCUUCCUUUGAGGGGUCCACAUGACCUCAAGUCGAAACUCUUCAAAUCUGGUCUAAGUAAACAAUUUAAGGAUAAAGCUGCUGAAAUUUGUGAAAAUGAGGUUUGGUUAGAUGUUUGUUACUGGUAUAAUAAAUAGUUUUCGGUUA